AUGGACACGCACCACGGCGGCCACAUGGGCGGAGGCCCCGGCCACCACCACCAGCUCCACAACCACCACCACCACAUCAACAACAACAACAAUAGCACCAAUAACAACAACAAGAACAACAACAACGGCGGGCACGCGUGCGCGGGCUGCGGCGGCAAGAUCCUGGAGCGGUACCUCCUCCACGCGCUGGACCGGUACUGGCACCACAGCUGCCUCAAGUGCACGUGCUGCGCGGGGCAGCUCGCCGACCUGGGCACCUCCUGCUUCACCAAGAGCGGCAUGAUCCUGUGCAAGGCCGACUACGCGAGGUUAUUCGGCAACACGGGGGCGUGCUCGGCGUGCGGACAGACCAUCCCGGCCAGCGAGUUCGUGAUGCGCGUCGGCGGCGGCCCGGGCGUGGGCACGCCGUCGGCGCCCUCGCCGCUGCACGUGUUCCACCUCAAGUGCUUCUCGUGCUCCAAGUGCGGCUCGCAGCUCGUGCCCGGCGACCGCUACCACCUCCUGGGCGGCGCGCUGGUCUGCGAGCAGGACUGGCACAAGCUCAUCAAGGGCGGCGGCGCGGCGGGCGUCCCCGGCGCGGCCGGCCCCGGCGCCACUCCCGGCGUGCGCAAGGGCAAGGUGGGCCGGCCGCGGCGGUCGCGCGACUGA